UUAAGAAAAUUGAAUCAUGAGACAUGCUACUUCACCUAUAGUUUUCUGUUUUCUCAUAUUUCUCGUUAUGAAUCAUGUUAAAGGUCAGGCGAAAAAAAAACGAUGUCCGAUUGGACUGCAUACAUACGGAAAAUGUGGGACCGACAGAGCUAAGUUUUGUUUUAGUGAAAUUGAAAGUAAGUUAUCAUUUUCCAAACAAGUGCUCAACACUAUUUCUAGUUGCCGGUGCGAUGACGAUAGGCAAGGAAACAAGGACUAUAUUGGUGCCAAUGUGAUAGAAGAGAAGGCCGUCCUUGCCCCGCAAAUUGAUGAACUUCACGGUUCGAAAAUGGUGUUUUUUCUUUGA